GGCUUGGACGGCUGGCGAGAGGGGCCGGCCUGCCCUGCCCAGGGCUGUCGUGAGCGGCGCGAGUGCCCGCCUGGAACGUGGGGGACGGGCGUGCACGUGUCGGCGGUCGAGGUCUCUCAGGCCCUUCACUCUGAAAUAACUGGCGUUGGCAAUGGUGUAAGUGUAGCAGCAAAAACACACAAGGUCUUUUGCCAGCUGGUAUCCCUGGAAGAAGCUUUCCAAAGUGGUUGUUCAAGACACAAGAGCAAAGAGUCCUGGUGCGCCAUGGCUCUGGACGCUGUAAAGGAGCUACUGAGCUUUGACUGUGGCUCAUUGGUAGCUUAUCAGCUGGACAAAAACUCUCAACUGGACUCCAUCAGCUUCCAGACCGUCCUGAUGAGGGAUGUCUUCUUGAAUCACCCAGAGGUGGUGCUUAUUCAUCGGACCCACAACCCGUGGGGCAAGGCUCUCUACACGUUCAUGGUGGAUAAGCCUUUCCUGAAGCUUGAGGGAGAAAUGACCAAAGUGAUCCACUUUGCUGUCCCAGCCAAGGAAUCAGCAGAAGGCCUGGCUCACAUGUACCGCACCUUCAAGGCCUUCAACCCCGAGUGGAAGCAGAUCAAGACAUUCCUUGUUGAUCCACGCUUCCGGCUGCUGCCAGCACUUUCAGAAGCUUUCCCCUCUGCAGAUGUCCAGUUGUCCGUCUUUCAUAUCUGCAAACAUUUGCAGCAAAAGAUCCUUCAUGUUAACCUGGAAUUCCACACAAAGAGGUUGCUGUUGAGUGUCUUGAAGAUUGCGAUGUGUGCCCCUAGUGAAAGCAACCUGCGGAAGAUGCACACCAUCUUGAGUGACUUUGUGAAACCAAAUCUGUUGCCUCAGCUUCAUGCAAACUGGCUGCUCAACGAAAAGAUCUGGUCCAUGCACCGUUGGCGGAGCUGGGAGGAAUGCAGCCAGUAUUUCAGAGACUUGGAGAUGCUCACACGCAAUUUAAGCCAGGUCGUCUGUGUGGGACCCGCCCUGGAAACCUGCAUCACUAGCACCGCAAAGAAUUAUUACCAGAAGAGUGUUCUGAAGGGCUCCUGGGAGGCUGUGCCACAUCCGGCCCCCCUGCUCAGCCAAAACGUCUCCUCCCUGCAGAACCUCGUGGUCUUCAGUUCAUCGCCUUUAAAAUCUCAGAGGCCUCUACUUCCUCGGGAUCCCCCUACAGCGGCCCCCCAGAGUUCCCUGGGGGCAAAGCAGGAGGCUGCUGCUGAAGAGGCAGGACGCGAACCGGAAGCUGUGAUCCCUGACCAAGAAGCCUUUGAGUGCAUCCGGCAGUCGCUGAGUGACAUCUGCACAGAGUCAGCGGCCAGGCUGUGCUUGAAUGAACUUGCAGUGGUCCAGAGUUCUGUGUGUUUGAUGGGGACCAGUGCAGACACGGUCAGUAUCCAGAUCCUGGAGGAUGCCCAUGCUGUGAGCCACAAGGCUCUCCGCAGCUGCACUUGCCACUUCAGCCAGACAUUCCAGCUUCCCUGCAGGCACAUUGUGGCUGUGCUGAACUCUGAGGGGAAGGAGUUGGAGCCGGAAAGAGUCCCUGAGCAGUGGCACAAGGGGCACAGCAGCUCCCAGCCAGGGCAGAGAAGCACCAGUGACCUCUUGGAAGUCCUGAGAAGUUCGUGGGAUGCCUCUUUGGAUAAGUAUCUGGCCAUAUCCUUUCUAACAGAGGAACUCAGCCGGCUGCUGAGCCGUUGUGGCAGUGAAGAGUUUAACCGCAGGUACAGCACCCUUCGAGAGCUUGCUGACAGUUGGAUUGGGCCUUACGUGCAGGUGAAGUUGUGAUCUGGUUCUGGGUUCCUGGCACUAACCGUUGCUGUCUAGGGACCACUCCCCAGAUGUGACUCUCCCUAGAAACUCUGGGCACCAGUGACUUAUUUGUGAGGGGCUCUUCCUUGUUAUGUGAGGGGCUGAGAAGGCAUGCACAUAAACAUGGGCUCUUUCAGAGUGGGGGAGAGAGCUGAGGGGUGCCUGGUGGGGGUUACAAACAGCGUAUUCAGGCCAUAUCAAAUCCCCCCCCUCAGAAUCCCCAGGGGCAAUUGCACCAACGGAACUGGGAUGAUUGUUCCAGGGUGGUUCUUGGGCAGAUGUGGCCUGGUGCUCUCCUGCCUCGUUAUUCUCACCCCACCCCUCAAUUAGUAUGGAUGGAUAUAUCCACAGGAGCAGGACCGCCUCUGCUCAGAUUCAGGUUUGUUAAUAAAUGGAUCUUCCCUGUCAAUUCUCGACCUCUUCUCUGUUAAUUAUCAUCCAGAUGCUAAUUAUGGAAGUGGGCGGCGCCCACUGUAGCCUUGCAGAGGAGCAGUUUGGCAAGUUCUGAGCCACCCUCGGCCAGGCAGCUAGCCAAUUUCUGGGCCACCGGAAGCAACUAGUUGAUGUGUUAUACAGGAGCGGUGGUGGUGGGAAGGCCAUCCCAAUACAAAACCCCUCUGAGGACACACUUGAGAGGGUCCUUUGUGGCUACAGCAAACAGCCUGGGCUAGAAGGGGGGACAUCGGGUGGGAAGGGGAAACAUGCCUG